CGCUAUGCCGUCGAAUGGAGAGUGCAUCACACUGUGCAUUGGCCAAGCAGGAUGUAACAUCGGCGAGGAUGUCUGGGAGCUCUUCUGCAAAGAGCACAACAUCGACCAGCACGGGCGCCGCACGCGGCCGAGUAGCGAGGAGAAGCCAAAGAGCCUCGUGCAGGAGGAAGAAGACAAUACCUUCAGAUCCUUCUUCUCGGAUACGCAUGCGGCCAGCCCGCAGUAUGUACCCCGAGCUGUGUUCGUGGAUACGGAUCCCUCGACGCGCAACGAAAUGCUCACGGGGAACAACCGCGAUUUAUUUCAUCCCGAGUCCAUCUUGGGCUACAAGCAAGAUUGCAAGAACAUCUUUUUUGAGGGCCGCCACAUGGCCAGUGAUGCGGGAUUCAAGAUCAAAGAAGAUGUCAUGGACCGCAUUCGAUUGACGGUGGAUCUUUGUGGAAACCUCCAAGGAUUCUUCGUCUUUCAUUCCUUCGGUGGCGGAACCGGCUCCGGACUCGGGACUGAGGUCCUCCAUGCCCUGCAUGAUGCUUUUGAUAAGAAAACGAUCUUUCAACCAGUGAUUUAUCCAUCCAAUCAAUUCUCAAGUAGCAUUGUGGAGCCCUACAACUGCAUCUUCUCGACUUAUUUCAUGAGAGAUGUGGUUGACGUGUCCUUGAUGCUGGACAAUCAAGCAGCUUACAAAGUCUGCGAAAACAAACUGAAUAUCAAACAGCCCACCUUCGACCACGUGAAUCGCUUGAUCGCGCAAUGCAUCUCCAGCUGCACGACCUCCUUGCGCUUCGAGACUCAGCUGUCGUCCACCCUGGUUGAGAUCGUGACCAACAUCGUCCCGACUCAGCACUAUCGAUAUCCGAUCGUCUCGUUGGCCCCGGUGCGAGCACGUGACAAGCAGAAUCACGAAACCUUCGUCGAGGAGGAGAUUGUCACGGAACUCUUUGAAAGCAAAAACGUUUUAUGUGAUGUGACGCACCUGAAGCAGAACAGAUAUCUUUCAGCUGUGGUGCUGCUGCGAGGCAUUGCGAGCCAGCACAAAGAUCGCAAGAAGGGGCAGGACGAGGAGAUGGAAAAAAGUGUGGAGGCGAAUCACGUGAUCCAUGCCUUGCACAACUUGAAAGAUGGCACUCACCGUUCGCCCUUGAAGUUUGUCCCCUGGAUCACCUCUGGCUUCAAGGUGGGCCUGGUGGGCGUCCCGCCCUGCAUCGUGGAUGAUGACAAGUGCAUGGCCAAGACGGAGCGCAAUGGAGCCAUGUUGGGCAACAGCACGGCGGUCAGGCAGCUCUUCGUGCGGCAGUACUGCAAGUUCCUGAAGCUUUUCUAUCGCCGGGCAUACGUGUGGCAGUUUUUGGAGUCCACAGGCGAAAUUGAAGCCUUCUACGAUGCGCGCGAGGGGGUCCGAGAAAUUAUCGGACACUAUGAGGAGCUGCUGAGAGAAUGCGUUCGAUCUGAAAAUGCCAAAUAUGAUGGCAACACCAUCCUCCAGUUGUCAGGAGAGACUGCGCUACUGGAAGGGACCGCAGCCCAGGGGGGUUCAUAAGCAGCCCAGCUUCGCACAGAUUCCUGGAGAAGUUGGUGAAAGAAAUGGAUCUCUUGGAGAAU